CCUACUUGUGUUGUGAUUCCCAUGUGGCUCGAAAUUAGUGAGUUUAAUCAUGAACAUUGAACACAUGACAGAAGAAAAAGAAGAAGCCCUUAAGAUCUUCAAGAAUCUUAAAGAUGUUGGUUCUCAAGUACUAACUCUUGUCAAUACGUUAAAAGAUCGAGUAGUUAAUGGUGAACUGGUAGUGGAAAAUGGCAUCAGCCUUUUGGAUGUAAAAAAUCAGCUUAUGAUACAGUACUUAUUAAAUUUAGCUCAGCUAAUAAUUUUAAAAACAACUGGAAAGUCAAUUGAAGGAAGUUCAGCCUUAGAUCGAUUAAUUGAAAACAGAAUUAUACUUGAAAAAUGUAAACCAAUUGAGCAAAAAUUAAAGUAUCAGAUCGAAAAAUACAUCAAGAGAUCUAUUGUUGGGUCAGUAGAUGACAAUGACCCUAGCAGUUUCAAAGCAAAUCCAGAAGAUUUAAUGGAGAAAUCUGAUGAAGAUGAAACAGAUGAUGAAGUGAGUGAGCAGAAAUCUGAGAAAAAUAAAGACAAAAGAAAAGCUGGUGUUUAUGUUCCUCCUAAACUUACAUCUGUCCCAUAUGAAGAUGAGAGGAGAGUUGACAAACAGAGUAAGCUCAUAGAGCGUUCAAGAAACCGUGCUCUUAGAUCUUCAGUCAUUCAAGAAUUAAAGGAGGAAUACCUUGAUAUUCCUGUGGAAGUUAAGGCCACCAAUUCAGUGCAGCAAAAAGAAGAUAAAUAUCAGAAAAUGAAAAAAGAGUAUGAAGAAAAUUACUUCACUCGUUUACCUGUAACCAAAGAAGAAAAAAGAAAAUCGAAGUUAAAAUUUUCAAUGGGCCAACUAAGUAAUGAAAUAACCCAUUUUGAAGAUACCAGCAUACUGCAUGGUGACACCACUGUAUUGAGUAAAAAAAGGAAAAGCGUGUAUAGAAAGGGAAAAGGAAAAGGAAAGAAAAGGAGGAAGAUCCGAUAGUAAAAAUUGCAAAAAAAUUGGUAUUACAUCACUAAAAAUUAAUUUUUGUUUUUUAUCGUUAAUGGUGCUAUAUUCAAAAAUACUUGAGAGUAUAUUGUGGCAUUGUAUAAUAAUAUUAUUGUACCAUUAUGUAAUACUACAGCAUAAUUCUCAUUUGUAAAUGUCCUCUAAUUUAAUAUACAACUAGCUGAUUUAUUAUUA